AUAUUGUAAUAUUAUAUAUUAUUGUAAAUUAUAUUAUAUAUGUGUGUAUAGGUACAUUGAAUACGUAUUAUUAUCAGUCACUUAACUUAAAACAUAGACUUGCUGUUUCUACGUUAGUCACUACUUUCAGUCUAAGUUUCUACUCAUUUUUUUAAAAUUAAAUAUAAGAGUUCACCGUAACAUUCAAACAACAAUACAUGACGUAUUACACACAAUAGACUCGAAACUCCUAUCCCACACACACACACACACACAAAAAUCCCUUCCCCACACCCGUGCACCCUUUGCCAUGACUUCCAACACUGAAGCACUCACUUCAGUGAAGCACUCACUUCUAUGGGCCCGGGCUGUGGCGCAGGCUAAAGAGCAAGCCAGCUGCAACCAGCUGCAAUGAAUCACUCUGACCAGGAGGUCAUGAGUUUGAGGCCCGCUCGGAGCCUAUGUUUGUCUUGUCUUUGUUCUAUGUUAAAAGGCAUUGAAUGUUUGCCUAUAUGUGUAAUGUGAUCCGCCCUGAGUCCCCUUCAGGGUGAGAAGGGCGGAAUAUAAAUGCUGUAAAUAAAUAAAUAAAAUAUGGCACUAUAGGAUUUGUAGUUUGGUGAAGCACCGAAAUACAGCCCAGAAAACUCACAGCAACCCAAGAUCUAUGAAAGUACAGCUGAUGUGGUCUAGUCAAUCACAGUUUUCUGCCUCAGAGCCCCAAAUAAUCCCAGGAACAGGCCUAAAAACCAAGACAUCAAGAAAAAACCAGUUUGGCUAUGUCAUUGAUGAGAAGGAGGGGCUGUUUGUGAUGUUUCUGUAUAUCUUUUUCAGCCACAAUUUCUGGAUCAAGUCUUUCCAGACUCAGUAGCAAACGAUUGCCUGCCCUGCUGGGCCCAUGUUUGCACACUUUGGCCAGAAGAAGGGUCCGCCUUUGUGUGGGAUGACUCCCAGAGUGACUCUUUAGGAAUGAAAGGGGGGCUUUUCUUCUGGCCUCCCCUCCCAGCCCCUUCCCCUGCUUGCUUAGGCUAAUGGAGAGCCUGCCAUUCCUUUCCCAUUGCGCAGGGAGACGGGGCAAACAUUGCCCGGUGACCCUUGGGCGCGCAGGUUGCAUCAUUAAAGGCAUCCUUCGGCUUGUCUUGACAUCCAUUCAAAAGGCGGCUCAAACGCAUUUCUCUUCCUCUCCCCCUUGAUCCUCAGACUCCCCCCUCCCUCCCCAACCAGGCCUUGCUCAUCUUCUUCCAGGGGGAGAGAAAUCCUUUUUGGUGGCGGCUGGGGAAAGCAUAUCUCCAAGAGAGUGGACAUUUUUGCCAAGACGGCACCUUGUUUUGCUUCCCAUCCACCAUCCACCUUUUCUGGCCUGUCGCUUUGCAUCUCAUCCCCUUUGGAAAGCCUUUAAUCCAGUUCUCCUUGCCUGCUUGUUUUGGAAAGGGAAGGGGAUACCCAACCUGGGCUCUCCUUUUUGCCAAGGCUAAAGAAAUUGGCUGUGAAGAAAGAAGGAGCGGGCAGCCUCUCUCCAUGAAAAGGCUCACUAAGGACAAGCAAUGGCCCACCAUGACAUUCACCAGUCCCAGUGGCCUCCUCUUUCUCCUUCUCCGCCUUUCAUGAUGCAAGAUGAGAGUCAACCUCAAGAGGAGAUGCUGGACUUCUAUGCUUUCUCCACCUCUGGGGAUCCUUUGCAUCCUAGAAGCUUCUCAGCGGCGGGAACAGGAGAAGAUGGGCACUUGGGUGUAGGAGAUCCGGAGACAGAGGAAGAGGAGGAAGAGGAGGAGGAAGGGCGAGGGAGGAAGGCCACUUUCCUGGUGCGAGCCAAGCGCAAGAGGGUCAUCACCCACCGGCAGCGCCAGGCCGCCAACGUGAGGGAGAGGCGGCGGAUGUUCAGCCUCAACGAAGCCUUCGACCAGCUGAGGAAGAAGGUGCCCACCUUCGCCUACGAGAAGCGGCUCUCGCGGAUCGAGACCUUGCGCCUCGCCAUCGUUUAUAUCGCUUUCAUGACGGAGCUGCUGCGGGGGGAAACGGGGGCCAAGUAGAGAAAAGAAGAGAGAGAUGCCAGCCGAGAAAACAGGCACAGGUAGGUGCCCAAGAGAUAGCAAGAAGCGGCACAGGGAGAGACAGAAUCUUUCCCAACCAGGGCGAGAUGGGAGGGAAACUCUGGGCAACUUUUGUGGACUGCUUUCCCCAGAAUCCACACACCACCGACUCCGCUGCCACUAGGAGCUGGAAGGAUGCUUCCUAAAAAGAGCUUGAACAAAGUUAGAUUUUUUGUGAACUACUGAAUUCUCCCCAACCUGGACAACACGGGGAGGUAGAUCUUCAGCAAGCCCUUUCUCUGCACUGCUACUAGGCAAGGUCUUUUUAUAGACAACCACACCCGACAACAGGUGAAGCUGGAAGGAAACAUUCAAGAAAGAGCCUGGAAAGUUCCCUUUGUGGGCUGUCACUCACAGAAUCCCCCCAUCCACAGAAGAAACUUGGCCAAGUGCUAUGUAAGCAUAAGUUAUUUUGAGCCUCCGGUGGCCUAGGGGAUAAAAGCCUCGUGACUUGAAGGUUGCUGACCUGAAGGCUGCCAGGUUCGAAUCCCACCCUGGGAGAACGCAGAUGAGCUCCCUCUAUCUGCUCCAGCUCCAUGCGGGGACAUGAGAGAAGCCUCCCACAAGCAGGCC